AUGGCGCAAACCCCCCAACAAAGACGCGCGAACGCAAAGUUCGCCAAGGACAACGAGGCCCGCAUGGGCAAGUCCGAGGAACAGAUCAAGAAGCGCGUCAAGGAGACUCCCAAGUCGCCCAUUUCUCCCAUCUGGCUCAUCCUUCUCGGUUUUGUCGUCUUUGGCGGCAUCGUCUUCGAGGUCCUCUCCCGCAUGUUCGGUUUCUAA